GCGUCGUCACUGCGCAGGAGAGUUUGAACCAAAAAGCGGAGUGACCUUCCUCCGCUCUCAGUCUGAGAGGGGCAGCGUUGAAGCCGGUCCCAGCAGUUGACGCUCCCGUCUUAGCCACAACGAUGAACAACAACUUAGUGGGAGAUGAAGUCGGGAAACUUUUUGUUGGUGGGUUGGAUUGGAGUACGACACAAGAAACUCUUAGAAACUACUUCUCACAAUAUGGAGAAGUAGUAGAUUGUGUCAUCAUGAAGGACAAAACCACGAAUCAAUCGCGAGGGUUUGGCUUCGUCAAAUUCAAAGACCCCAAUUGCGUACGGACGGUGUUGGAGACGAAGCCGCACAAUCUGGAUGGUAGAAAUAUUGACCCUAAACCAUGCACACCCAGAGGAAUGCAGCCAGAGAAGUCUCGGACCAAGGAGGGCUGGAAGGGCAGCAAAGCUGAUAGCAAUAAAUCAAAGAAGAUAUUUGUUGGUGGAAUCCCCCAUAAUUGUGGCGAGCCUGAACUCAGGGACUAUUUCAAUAGAUUUGGAGUGGUUACAGAGGUGGUCAUGAUCUAUGAUGCGGAGAAGCAGAGGCCCCGAGGUUUUGGAUUUAUUACUUUCGAGGCCGAACAAUCAGUGGACCAGGCUGUCAACAUGCAUUUUCACGACAUCAUGGGCAAAAAAGUGGAAGUAAAGAAAGCUGAACCUCGGGACAACAAAGCUCCUGGCCAGCUAGGCCCUAGCCAGUGGCCACCCAGAGGCAUCUUGACCACUGCUAAUGGUUGGACUACACAGCCUCCACAAGGUUGGCAACAGCCUUACGCAGCACAGGGGGUGUGGGUCUCAACCACUGGACAGCCAAUAGCUGGUUAUGCGCCUGCGUUAUCAGUCGGUCGAGGGACACAGCCUGCGUCACCUUUCAGUGCAUUCCUAGUCACAACCCCAGCUGGCAGCUUUGCUGCACCUCAGGGAUUCUCUCAACAGGGCUACAGCACAGCUCCACACUUUGGAUACAGUUUCAGCACAUCACCUGCAGACACAUAUGUUCCACAGGUUCCUCCUCCACCUACCACACCAGGAACAGCACAGCUGGGAUUUGCUCCGGCGACGACACCAACUCAGGACUUGACCAAAGCUCCCACUGGGCAGCCCGAAUUCCCCUACAGCCAAUACGUUUUCUGGACUAGACCCGACAGCAAAGACGCGGACAUACAGAUUCAGCUGAACAGAGGAACACGAAUAUAUUUUGUUGAACGUCCAUAUUAGUUUUGGCGUGUGUUUACCUCAGGAGAUACAGCUCAUUAGCGGCCGUGACAGCUGCUAUGUUUUUCUUGUGAAAUAACAGAGGGAAUCGUCACAGACGUUGGCGUCAAAGCUAAGCUUAUCCUACAACGUAAACACUACUUGGAUUUGUGUGUUUAUAUACCGACCUUGGUGUCAAUACAAGAAGUCUAGCAAGUGCCCUAUGGGGUUGUGUCGUUAAUAUUACAAAACUACGACUGGCUAUGUUUUUACGUCACUGUCUGUGUGUGUGUGUUGUGCUGUGGGUUGCACACUCGCUUUUGUUUACAAGCCUUGAAGCCCAAAUUCUACAAAUGUUUUUUUCAUUUUACAGUUCAAUAGUUAUUAUAGUUAUAUUAUGUUAUUUAUAUCAAUGUAUGGAUCAGUUCAUUUCAUGUCAUCAUAAUACACUAUGUUACCAAAAGUAUUUGCUCACCUGCCUGAGCAGCUGCAUCCAAGCCAUGCAUCACCAAAUGCAAUGCAGAGCGCCUGAUGCAGUGGUGUAAAGCAGGCAGCCACUGGACUACAGAGCACUAGAGACGCUUUCUGGCAAUCUGAUGGACCACUCUGGGUUUGGAGGUUGCCAGGAGAACAACAAAAAUAAGCAAAUCAAAACACAAAAAUGAGAAAAAUAACACGCACGAUAAUUCCAAGACAGCCAUCGUCGGCACCAUCUUGAAAGUUACCACGAAUUGACUGUUGAAUUCAUGAUCAGCCUUUAUUUUAUUUUAUUUUAUUUUAUGAAAAGCACUUAUGAAAGCACUUUAUUGCAAAGCACUUUCCUAUUUGGUGGGAUCCCCACUGACCAUGGCAAUAAAUUAGAUUCUGAUUUGAUUCUGAUUCUGAUUACAUUUCGGACUGCGUUGUGCCAAAUGUGAAAUUUGGUGGAGGAAUAAUUAUGGUAUGGGGUUGUUUUUCAGGAGCUGGGCUUGGCCCUUUAGUUCCAGUGAAAGUAAAUUUGAAUGCUUCAGGAUAUCAAAACAUUUUGGACAAUUCCUUGCUCCCAAAUUUGAGGGAACAUUUAGAGCAGGCCCCACCCACUUCCAACAUGACUACGCGCCAGUGGACAAGGCACGGUCCAUAAAGACAUGAAUGACAUGGAUGAGUCUGGUAUGGAUGAAGUGGACUGGCCUGCACAGUCCUGACUUGAACCUGAGACAACAUCUUUAGGAGGAAUUAGAGCAGAGACUGAGAGCCAGGCCUUUUCAACCGACAUCACUGUGUGACCUCACCAAUUUGGAAGAAUGUUCAAAAAUUCCUAUAAACACACUCCUCAACUUUGUAGACAGCCUUCCCGGAAGAGUUGAAGCUGUAAUAGCUGCAAAAGGUGGACCGACAUUAUAUUGAACCCUCUGGGUUAGGAAUGGGAUGGCACUUAAGUUCAUAUGUGAGUGAAGGCAGGUGAGCAAAUGCUUUUGGUAAUAUAGUGUGUCAUUAUUAGGGAUGCUCUCAUCGAUCGGUCACGGUCAUCGGCCAUCGAUCCGCUGUCAGCGUGAUUGGUGAAUGCCAAUAACUACCUGUCAUUGCCGAUCACAACAACUGAUCACGUGUGAUAGCUGGCGCUAUGAUGAAGCCCCACUGGUUGUGAUGCUCAUCCCUACUCCCUGCUCACUCGGCAGCAGCAUGUCUGAUGUGGAGGAUUUUUCAAUCUGUCAUUUCAAGAUUGCAUCCUGCAGCACAUGCGCAGGAAAAUGCCCUGCUGGGAAAAACAUUAAAAUUAACUGUGCUAUUUAAAGCACCAGCACUUCACGGAGUGUGGAGAGUUCUCUGGGCUCAUGAAAGUGAGACAGCUGGUUCUUCAGCUGCAGGAUGUUAACGCUUAGCAACACCCGCCAGUCCGUGCAUGACAUCGGGAACGAUGUGCAAAUUGCCCAAGAAAUAACUAUUAAUUUCACCAAUCUAGGUGACCAGCUUCUCCGAUGACGUUUAUGCGGAGACGGAAGCAACCGGAUCCAUCUCCAUUUUUGGAGUUGGGUGCAGCUAACCCUAACCCUAACCCUAACCCUAACCCUAACCCUAACCACCCUAGCCACCUUAUUCGGAAACUUCUGUAAACAUCCGGAGUGGAAACUUUCAGAAAUGCAGUGCUCUCUGUCUCUGAGUCAGUAAAUAUUUCUCAGACAUAGCAAAGUCUCAAGAGAUUCGCCAAACUGCAACGACUCACGUGAAAUUAAAUGUUUUUCAGUUGUCCUUUUGACUAUUUUUUCCCUCUUUGAAGAGGUAUUUCAUAUGUGUCUGCAUUAAAAUGUUAAUUUUUUCACAUCAUGUACACCGAGGGUCUCAUCAUUUUGAUUACAAAUUCAUUGUCAGUCCAUGUGGGUAGUAUUAUUAUUGUAUCAGAUUUUGUUUUGUCAUACUAUAAUUUGAUUUAUUGUGCUUGGUGAAAUCAUGCAGAAAGCAAACACACACACAAAAACAAAAUCGCAACAUUAUAACAAAUUAUCGUAAAUUGCAAAUUAGUUUUUUUUCCCAAAAUCAUUCAUCCCAGUUCUACUAAUCAGAAAAAAGGGGCGAGUUGGUACACAUGAGCUGCACCAUCUCUCGUCUGACUGGUGCUGACCCAGCGGUCUUAAUCUUUCUGUUGGGAGCCUCGGAAACUCACCAUACUCCAUGAAGUGCUUGAUCUUUAAAUGGUUUAUGAAAAACAAUAUGUUGAGGCCUUUAAAUGUGCUACACGCGAGAGGUGUUCGAAGCAUCUGUCGCAGCAUGCAAACAUCACAGACUGGUAAAAGUUCCCCAGCACACGUUUGCUGUGGUUGACUGCUGUAUGUGGCUCAUGGACUUAAAAAAAUCACAUUAAUUUAGGCAACACAUUUUAAUUUACUUUUCAAGAGAACAAAUACAAAACAUCACAGACACAGUGCAGCGACUAUUGAGACAAAGGACAUCUAGAAAAGAUUUUAUUUAUUUUUAUUAUACAUUAUUAUUUUAUUAUUCAAUACGAGAAUAAACUGUAACGAGUGGAGCUUUCGCAGGGCUACGUCACUGAAGUAUAUACCGACAGAAGCUGCAGUCUUUCGCCACUGAGAUGAAAUGAUUUAGUUUUCAUGAAUUAUUUAUUUAUUUGUCUGGCCUUCCGACUGUCUUUGUAUGCUGCAUUAAUUGCUGUCUGAGAGUUGCAGAACCAGCAGUCUUUCAUUUUCUGUUGCGACCCUCGGAAACUGACCAUGCUCGGUCAAGUGCUUGUCUUUUAAAUAUUGUGGAAAAUUGGUUGUGUUAAUGCCUUUUAAUGUGCUUCCCAUGCCAUAUUUCCAUCAAGCGUGUUGCUUGAUGCAAACUUCACAUAACAAGCGGUAUAAAAUUUCCAUAGCUGCUGUCGAGCUAGAUGCCACUCUUGAACCCUGCACAGUCUCAGCUGUGUGAUACAGUCCAGCUAAACGAAUUUUUUACACUUGUACAUUUUUUACUGUAGAAGUAUAUUGGACUCCAACAGAACACUCCAGUAUGACUAUGUUUUUAAAGGACACUAAUAACAUCAGGCUCUGCCGCCCUUAUAGUUUUUAGAUCCAUCUUAUAUUUCGUUUGUGCUUCUGAAGGUUCAGUCAACUUGCUUGACCUAUAACAAUAGGUUUUAGCUCUGGAUCGUCUGAAUUAACGCAGUUACUUCAAUGAUCUAAAAAAAUGUAAUGGUUUUUAAGAAAAAUUCGAACGUAGUCCGGACAAGCUCACCAAGCAUUUCACCUGACCCGCUUUGAAUCACGCAGCAGUUUUCCAAAUCCGUAGACGCAUUUUUUUUCUGACUUCCACACGAGGCUGCGCAGUGUAGCCCUGCCAAGUGCAGCUCAAU